ACAGACGAGCGUCGACCUAAUGGUUGAGUCCCCAUCGAAGCUUCAUUUCGUGCGGGUCUCCUUCUGCCUCGUCUUCGGUGGAGACGCCUCGGGGUGCAGCAGGAGGGCCGAAGUCGUCCUGAAUGAGCUCGCGAUGAGGCCGUCGGAUUCCAGACGCGAAGGGCAAGACGAGGCCUGCGGCGGCGGAGGGGAGGGCGGGAGGGAAGGAUCCGCCACGCCGCCGGCCUUGCGAGCUCCUGGCCAUUUGAUCGCUCGGGUCUUCUCACAGCUCGAUUGCGUAGAUCUCCUCAACUGCGCCCUCGUCUGCAAACAAUGGUAUAGGGAUUCGGCAGAGCUAAGGGAAGGUUGGAAGAAUGAAUACUUUGAGGCAUGGAAUCUGUAUGGGCUGUGCAUUAAAAGAGAGACGCAUCCACCAUCGUCCAAUUGCUCCAUAAGAGAAUCACCAUUGGAUGUGCAUCAAGAUGCUAGUCUGCUAUCCUUAUCCAUGAGGUGUUGCUUACAUGUAAAUAUCUGAUAUAGAUAUCCAAGUCUACUAUUUUUCCAAGUGCAUGUAAGCACUUAAAAGGCCUCACAACCAUCACCUGGGGUUCCACUGUUUAGUUUUGAUCUAAAUAUUCGACUUUGAUAUCUUUAUGGAUGACUGUUUAGAAUCUUAAAUUCUGCUGCAUAUCUAUAUCAAAGAACCGGUUGGUAAAAAAAAUGAAUGUCUUGGUAGAAUAUAUAAUUUCUUGAAAUUUAGAUUUAUUAAUUUUUAGGAGUUCUAAGAAAAAGAAAAUGGAAGAACCGUCGGAGAGAUGUUAGUCUAUCCAUGCAUAAUUUCAUGGAAUGUAGGUAGUGGUUAUGAUCGAUUCGAUAGAAAAAAAAAAAAAUAGUGUGUAACAUAGAAAUCAGACUUAGAAAGGGUGGACAAUUAGCUAGAGGUAGAUUUCAAACUGAAACUGGAUCUUGGAUCUAAAUGGUUUGGUUUAUGGUUUUUGUGAAUUGGAACCCAUGGUUCAUAAUUAUAUAUAUAUAUAUAUAUAUAUAUAUAUAUAUAUAUAUAUGAUUUUUUAAUUAUUUAAAAUAAAAAAUAAAAACCCUUCAAAUCGAAACUGGCUCUAAAAAUUUGAUUCAAAAUAGUCUAAUGCAUAAAAAUUUUAUGCAGUAGACUAUUUCGAAUCAAAUUUUAUCCAGUUUGCUAUCUUUAAGUCUAUGCUGAUGAUGAUUCCUCGAAACCUGAUGUGAUUUUGAUG